GCUCUGCUCGCUCGCCUCGCCCGCCCGCCGCCCCCCCAAUCCUCCCCCCACGUCGCGCGCCGGAGCUGGGGAGGGAGGGGGACAAUUCCUCGCCGCUCGGAAUCCGCAUCCGUUCUCCCCCCUAAACGCGUCGGGGGAAGCCUUCUGAUCGGGCAGGUUAAUUGAGUACGGCAUCUUGAACGGUGCCUAUAUCUCAUAUUUAGGUAAUUCUAUCACGGUAUGGCCUCGGUGGGUGCGGUGCGUCCUUCGUCCAUGGGCUUUCAGAAUGACACAAGUACCAGUGGUGAUGCCGACAGGCUUCCGAAUGAGAUGGGCAAUAUGAGCAUUAGGGAUGAUAAGGACAUUGAAGAUAUAGUAGUCAACGGCAAUGGGACAGAACCAGGCCAUAUCAUAGUCACAAGCAUUGAGGGAAGAAAUGGGCAGGCAAAACAGACCAUUAGCUACAUGGCUGAGCGCGUGGUUGGCCAUGGGUCAUUUGGAACUGUUUUCCAGGCCAAGUGUCUGGAAACUGGGGAGACUGUAGCUAUAAAGAAGGUUCUUCAAGACAAGAGAUACAAGAACCGUGAGCUACAGACGAUGCGAGUUCUUGACCACCCAAAUGUUGUGUCUUUGAAGCAUUGUUUUUUCUCAAAGACCGAGAAGGAGGAGCUUUAUCUCAACUUGGUUCUUGAGUAUGUGCCGGAGACAGCUCAUCGUGUCAUUAAACAUUACUACAAGAUGAACCAACGCAUGCCUUUGAUAUAUGCAAAAUUAUACAUGUAUCAGAUAUGUAGAUCUUUGGCAUACAUUCAUAACUGCAUUGGAGUGUGUCACAGGGACAUCAAGCCUCAAAAUCUUCUGGUGAAUCCACAUACGCAUCAGUUGAAAUUGUGCGACUUUGGCAGCGCGAAAGUGUUGGUAAAAGGAGAACCAAACAUUUCCUAUAUCUGUUCAAGGUACUACAGAGCCCCAGAGCUCAUAUUUGGUGCUACUGAAUACACAACGGCAAUUGAUGUUUGGUCUGCUGGUUGUGUCCUUGCUGAACUCCUUCUAGGACAGCCUAUAUUCCCCGGCGACAGUGGUGUUGAUCAGCUUGUUGAAAUCAUCAAGGUUCUAGGUACCCCUACAAGAGAAGAAAUUAAGUGCAUGAAUCCAAAUUAUACCGAGUUUAAAUUCCCGCAAAUCAAAGCUCACCCAUGGCACAAGAUCUUCCAUAAAAGAAUGCCUGCUGAAGCAGUAGAUCUUGUUUCUAGACUUUUGCAAUAUUCACCAAGCCUCCGGUCAACUGCUUUGGAAGCAUUAAUACAUCCAUUCUUCGAUGAACUCCGGGAUCCAAACACCCGCUUACCAAAUGGGCGUUUCCUUCCUCCCCUCUUCAACUUCAAGGCCCAUGAGCUGAAGGGCGUGCCAAUGGACAUCUUGGUGAAGCUCGUUCCUGAACAUGCUCGGAAGCAAUGUACCUUUGUAGGAUGGUGAUCUGAGAGGACAGCUUGAAGAUUAGUUCAGAAUCAAUCCAAUUGUCGUCUGCUAGAAACCCGAGGAGUUUGAGAUUGCCAGCAGUCACACGGGAUAUAAGCGAUGACGCAUGUGAUUAUUAUUCUUUUCUUUUUCCGCUUGAGACCGCAAUGUCAUGUAUUCUUUCCCCCUACUUGCGCUGCAGAGGUAACAGAUUACCCACGAUUAUGUAAAGUAGAUGACAAGUGUUCAAUUGUUCUCCCUUGAGCCCAUGUAUCAGUUUGCAACUGAAUUCAGUUUGUCAAGUUUGUAGAACCAUGAAAGGAAGGAUGCACCCUAUGUAUGGGCGUACGGCCAAUGUUUGCCCAUGGAUCGAGGCUAUGAAUUCAUUCAUUUGUACUCUGCAUAUUCUUUUCUCA